GCCCUACCGCUGAAUCCGACACGACUUUGCCGCCAGCCGGCUUUUUAGCGCACCGCGUAACCACGUCCACGCUCUGCGACUUCCACCUCCAACCACAAAGGUGGCUGACCGACAAACUUUUGACGACAUCGACACUCUCUCUUCGCUUCCGAACAACCACCGUCUUUCAAUCAACGUCUCCUUUCUCCAUCGCAUCGACCUCACCUAAUCCCGCUGGGCAGACGCUUGUCUGCAGCCCGGCUCACAAUCAUGAACGCCAACGUCAAUCCCAACAUGGCCAACAUGAACGCUAUGGGCGGUGGCCCUGUUGGCGCGCCCGUCCCCAUGAUGAAUAAUGGUGCAGUCGCUCCCCAAGUCGCCGGUGGUCCACGACAGAUGGCCAUGCCCACCGAGAACCAGCGCACCCUACUCAACACAUACAUCUACGAGUACUUCCUCCGCCAUCAAAUGUUUGAUUGCGCUAGAUCUCUCCUUAAUGGAGACCACCAAGUGAAUGUCGCCAAGGAUGGCAAUCGCCGGAGGGAUGAGAACGGUAACCUCAUCGGCAAUGGUCUUGGUGACGACCCCAUGGACACCGACUCCAAAGACGACAUCGACGCGAAGCUUCCUGAUGACCUUCCCGCCCCCAAGCUGGGUGGGCCCGCCUCAGAAUCAUCCUUCCUAUACGAAUGGUUCUGCCUCUUCUGGGACAUCUUCCACGCGCAACGAACAAAGGGUGGCAAUGGUACUAUCAACCAAUAUGUCAGCCAUACUCAGCAGCAAUCCCGCAUGCGACAGAACCAGCAGCAAGAACUUCUCCGUCAGAUGCGCCCAGACGGCAUGGCUGCUCAGCAGCAAUACCACUCCCAGAUGAUGCGCAACAUGCAGAAUGGCGGUAUGGCCAUGAAUAUGCAAAAGGGUAACCUGGCAAGGGCAGCCAUGGCGAACAACCAGAACAACCCCCAGGCCAUGCAAAUGCUUCAGCAGCAUGCGAAGCAAACCCAGAUGCAGCGAGACCCCUCGGACAUGGAUGGCAACCGCCAGCGCCCCUCGUCGCCUGGCUCCGGCGAAAACGCCCCUUCGCCUUCCAAGAGACCUCGCCUGGACGGAGCGCCCAACUUCCCGAACCAGCCUGGAAUGAUGCCGAACGGAAGACCUCAGCAGGGCAUGCCCGGCCAGCAGGUGGGGACCACCCCGAACGUAGCUCAAGCCCAGCAGAUGCUCAUCACCAACGGAAUCAACCCGGCAUCGCUGACCCAGCAGCAGUUCACGACAUUCUCAAACCAACCACCUGCUGUCCAAGCUAAGUCCAUUGCUACAUAUGCGGCAAACCUCCAACAGCAUCAGGCUAGCCAGAUGCCUAACAAAACCAUGCCUAACGCGCCCGGUCCCCAGGGCCAGGGCUCGCCCAUGAUGCCUCAAGGCCAGGAAGGGGCUGGGCUGGCUGCGUACUACAACGCUGGGGAAAUGGGUCCAGGAGGAAUUAGGCCUGGCCCUGGCGGUGCCCAAGCCGGUGGUGGAAGUAACCACGCUCUGCAGGACUAUCAAAUGCAGCUAAUGCUUCUGGAGCAGCAGAAUAAGAAAAGGCUCAUGAUGGCCCGACAGGAGCAAGAUAACAUGGGCGGAGGUGCCAUGCCCAGAGACGGUCCGGCUGGGCCAGGCGGCCCUGGCGCACCCCCUGGUCCCAAUGGUCAGCCUUUCCCAGAGACAUCUCCCCAAGGCGCCAGAACCGGGGCUUCACCAAACCCAACGGAGCAGAUGAAGAGAGGCACCCCACAGAUGAACAACGCUGGCAUUCCUUCACCGCUACCCGAGGGCGCUCAAUCUCGCGGCUCCCCCAACCCAAUGAACUUCAUGGGCAACCAGAUGGACCCGAACAUGGCACCACACUUCUUCAAGGGCAUGGGCAAUCAAAUGGAUGGGAACAUGGCUGGCAAUCCGCAGAUGAAUGGCGGCAUGCGUCCACCCAGUUCGCACCCCGGUCAGCAAUUCAACGGCCAGAUGAACCCGCAACAGAUGAUGGUCGCCCGGCAGCAACAGCAACAGGCGCAACAGCAGCAGCAGGCCCAGCAGCAGCAAGGACAGCCGCCCCAGCAGCAGGGACAGCCUCAGCAGGCCGGUCAAGGUGGUCAGCCGGUGCAAUGGCAACAAGGCGGCCCGAAUGGACAGAUGGUGCCUCAGGGUCCUCAGGGAUCUAUUCAGGGUACACCUCAGCAACGGUCGAUGCCGCCGCCAUCUGCGCCAGCUGGCGCCAACUCCAACCGGACGAGCACUUCAUCGCCUCAACAAGCAGCGGCGGCACCUCCGACUCCGUCACAGUCAAAUAAGGCGGCCCCGAAGAAGAAGGACAACAAGAACACAAAAGCAAAGGCUACUGCUGGAAAGAAGGGAAACAACAACAACAACAACAACAACAACAACAACAACCUGAACAGUGGAACCACACCAGCCGCCGACGGUGCAGACGCGGAGGCGGCAACGCCUGCUACUCCCAUCACUCCCGUCGCCCCUGCCAGCUUCGCCAAGAAUGGACAGAACGCCGCCGUGCCAGCCGUGCCCAACGGUGCUGCUCCCGCACCUGCCCCACAGCCUCAGGUUGCCCCCCAGGCGCACAACGAUGCUAACCAGAACGGAGGGUUCAUGGACAACUCAAACCCAAUGGUGGACUUCGGCGCCAUGGCCUUCGCCGACCCGUUGGUCUCGGACAAUGUUCUUAACGAUUUCGACUUCGACUCAUUUCUACACGAAGACGGCGAUAACCAGGCCUUUGAUUUCAACACAGGGUCGUUCGGCAUGGAAGGCGCCAACGAAAUUGGCGCAGACUAGACGGUUUCUGAGCCUGGCUUUUAGGUGUACGAUUCCCCCUCGUCUGUGUCAUGCCUCAGUUGUGCGUUAGGCGUUGUUCCGAUUCCCCGGCCUGAUUUCUCCGUGCCUCGCCGCUGUGCAGUCGAGC